CUACUUUAGCGUACAACCUGGGAGGAUUAGUCACAGUGGUGGUCUAACUGAUGCUUGGGCGUUACACCCCUUUCAUCAGGACCACUCUUCCCUUCGGAGAAACAAUACUGUCUUCCUAGUGGAAUAACUUCAGGUUUUUUUUUGUUUUUUUGUCAACUGGAGUCGCAGUUAUUCAACACAGUGUUCUGUUUUCGUUGGAUAAGUGUGCCAAGUUUAUUGGAAGGAUGGAAACUCUGAUCCCCACCAUCAACCGGCUGCAGGAGGUCUUUCUCACAGUGGGCGCAGAGAUCAUACAGCUGCCUCAGAUAGUCGUGGUUGGAUCUCAGAGCAGUGGAAAGAGCUCUGUAUUGGAGAGCCUGGUUGGACGGGAUUUCUUGCCUCGGGGAUCAGGAAUAGUCACAAGACGACCCCUGGUGUUACAGCUGGUUAAUGUGGCCCCGCUGCAGGAGAGACUGAAGAUAGAGAAUGGAAAUCGGGUAAAACAAAAUGCCCAAAACAGCUACCCAGGUGUCAAAGCUGAAGAAUGGGGUACAUUCCUGCACUGCAAGAACCAGAUCUUCGCAGAUUUUCAGGAAAUCCGUCGGGAAAUUGAAGCAGAGACUGAACGCAGUUCAGGUGACAACAAGGGAAUCAGCCCUGAGCCUAUAUAUUUGAAGAUUUUCUCCCCCAAAAUCCUUAAUCUCACUCUGGUUGAUUUACCUGGAAUCACUAAGGUUCCUGUUGGGGAUCAGCCAGAGGACAUUGAGGCUCAAGUGCAAGAGAUGAUCUUGUCCUUCAUCUCCAAUCCAAACUCCCUCAUCCUCGCAGUCUCCCCUGCCAACUCUGACUUGGCCACCUCUGAUGCACUGAAAUUGGCACGUGAGGUUGAUCCAGAUGGCCGUCGAACACUGCUGGUGGUCAGUAAGCUGGACCUGAUGGAUGCAGGGACUGAUGCUCUCGAGGUCCUUCUGGGUCGAGUCAUCCCAGUCAGGCUCGGGAUUAUUGGGGUGGUUAACAGGAGCCAGCAUGACAUCAAUACCCAGAAGAGCCUGGAGGACUCAAAGAGGGAUGAGCAGGCCUUCCUGCAGCGCCACUACCCCUCACUUGCCUCCCGUGCUGGCUCACGCUAUCUGGCCAAAACUCUCAGCAGGCUUCUCAUGCACCACAUCCGUGACUGCCUGCCAGACCUCAAAACCCGAGUGACUGUGCUGAGUGCCCAGUACCAGGCACGGCUCAACAGCUAUGGGCAGCCAGUAGAAGACCACAGCGCCACCCUGCUGCAGAUUGUCACCAAGUUUGCCACCGAUUACUGCAACACCAUCGAGGGAACAGCCAGGCACAUCCAAACCUCAGAGCUCUGCGGGGGUGCUCGGAUCUGUUACAUAUUCCAUGAGACCUUUGGCCGCACUUUGCAAUCAAUCGACCCUCUUGGGGGACUGACUGAGCUUGAUAUCCUCACUGCCAUCCGCAAUGCUACAGGUCCGCGGCCAGCACUUUUUGUGCCUGAGGUGUCCUUUGAGUUGCUGGUGAAACGGCAGAUUAAGCGGCUGGAGGAGCCCAGUCUGCGCUGUGUAGAGCUUGUUCAUGAAGAGCUGCAGAGAAUUAUCCAGCACUGCUCCUCCUUUAGCACGCAGGAGCUUCUGCGAUUUCCCAAACUGCAUGACUCCAUUGUGGAAGUAGUGACUGGAUUACUGAGGAAACGCUUGCCAAUUACUAAUGAAAUGGUACACAAUUUAGUAGCAAUAGAGCUCGCCUACAUCAACACAAAGCAUCCAGACUUCACAGAUGCAGCACAGGUCUCAGCAUCUGUCAACAGUCAGCAGGCAGAGGCCCUUGAUGGAGGGAAGCGCUGGAAGAAUGAGAAGGUUGCGGAAGAGAAAGCCCCGCCUGUGGGUUUUGGAAGCCCCUGCAAAGGCCACGCCAUUAACCUCCUCGACACAGCGAUGCCUGUAUCCCGCAAGCUCAGUGCGAGAGAGCAGAGAGACUGUGAGGUCAUCCAGCGCCUCAUCAAGUGCUACUUCCUCAUUGUCCGUAAAAGCAUCCAAGACAGCGUGCCCAAGACAGUGAUGCACUUCCUUGUGAACUUUGUGAAAGAGCAUCUACAGAGCGAGCUGGUGGGUCAGCUUUACAAACAGCCCCUGCUGCAGGAGCUGCUCAUUGAGUCACAGGACACGGCACAGCAGCGGACUGAGGUUGCUCAAAUGCUUGAGGCACUUAAAAAGGCCAAUAACAUCAUCUCUGAGAUCCGGGAGACCCAUCUCUGGUAGCCAGAAGACACAAACAAAUUCCCCUGUCUUAGGACAGCUUUGAGAGCAUGAGAGUGUAUGUGAGUUUGCAGCAGAGAAAGUGUGUGUGUGUGUGUGUGUGUGUGUGUGUGUGUGUGUGUGUGUGUGUGUGUGUGUGUGUGUGUGUGUGUGUGUGUGUGUGUGUGUGUGUGUGUGUGUGUGUGUGUGUGUGUGUGUGUGUGUGUGUUUCUAAAUAUGUCGCAGUACCACUGUUGUCUCAUGGACCAAUGACCAUAGCACAUUUAGAUCUAGAAGAGUGCACAGGGGCUGUUACUUUUCACUGGGAAUUUUGUGUAGUGACGGAAAUUAAUUAAACACUCAGGCCAAAAGUGUUAUUGCAAAUAUGAAAGACACAGCCGCGAACAAAAUCUUUUUGCAUCAUUUUGUGACAAAAUGUUUGUUUGGUAGUAUGGUUUUUGCUGUAAAUGUAAAAUGUAAAUUAUAUGUGGACUAUUUAAGUUGUUCUCCGGGGUGUUUUUGGAUCAAAAUGUAACUUGCACUGUAAGAUUUCACACUUUCCAAAAGCUGUGCUUCCUCUGAACCCUUUCAGCAGGUGCUAAAAACUAUAUUAGAUUAGAUGCAUUCCAACUUUAAUCCCCUUUGUUGGAGAACUCACCAGAGAUAGAAAUGAAGUGGAAAUCCAACUCAGUCAAUGCAAUGCAAGACACAUCAUUGUCAUUUGCAGAAAUUACAAGAUGAAUGCAGAUUUUUUUUUUUCCAGCUUUGUGGUACAAAUCAAAAUUCGGUUUAUUUUUCAGAGUUACAUUUACAUAUCAGCCCAUUUACACUGUUAGCUGUUGCACUAACCUGCCGAUUUUGUGUGUAGUCGUAAAUAAGGAGACCAAACAUUCCCAACAUGCAUUUCCCUCUGUUUAUGUGAGGUUUUUAGCUGACUCCCACAUAGAGGUGGGUAUAUACUGUGAUAUUCUUAUGAUUGAAAUGUUUUUAAAAAAACUGUCUCUUAGGAGGUAACAUUGUAAGGGUAUAUGUCAUGACGUAAAUGUUCUGUAACUUCUCUUCACUUCCCCAAAGUAAUUAUCCACUGGUUUCCACUUUUAAUGGUAUAGAGAGAUAAGCUUUGUCCACAUUACUGACCUCUCCAAACAUACAGACCAACUGCACCCACGAAUGAUGUAUGAUGCAUUUAUUUGCAAACACUGAACAUACAUCUGAAGUUAGCCAGAGCCAUUUGCUUCUCUGUAUGUAAUCAUUUCAUUGUUAAAAGUUGCUUGAUGUGUAAAAUUAUAUAUGUUUUCAUGUUUUUCCAUCUGCUAUUCCUAAAUUAGGUCGAUGUUCAGGUAGAUUCCUCCCCCAAGUACUGCAGCAAUUCAUGUAAAUCCUUUCCUUUAGACAAAACAAAUAGUUAUCCUAAAAAUUAGGCAUUUUUUUUUGGGAAGAUCUGCCUUAACGGUACCAUCAAACGGUAACUAUGACUUUUUCUGUGUGAUCAGGGAGCGAACACUAUAUCCAGUCAGUCUGUCUUUCUGAAAACCCUGUGUAAGUUUGCAUCUGUAUGCUCAGUAUGCAUGUGUGGAUGUAGAAAUGAAUGGUUCAUGUAUAGUUUGUAUUAUAUAAAUGUAUAUUGUUAUCAUGUGUCAACUGCCUAUGAGAUGUUGCCUGCCAAUAUUUGUGAUACAUGUUUACCGAAUGAAAUCUGUUCAGAUUGGGGGGGACUCAUUAAAGCCUAACA